UGUCGCCACCUACUGGUGACUAAAGGAACUACCAAAGCAUUCUUGAUAUCCAUUUCCUCAUAAUUCUUUAACUUCCUGACAAGUCCUCAAAUAACACUUCUCUGGCAUGAAUGUUUUCAUUUCUCCUUCAUCUUGGAGAAUUUCCUGAGAAGCCAUGUUUUUCAAACUGUAAGCCCAGCGAGAGUCGGCUCCUGGAUUCCACAUGUUUCGCAUAAAUUGCCGUCCAGACGUCAGAGCGGUCAGCUGAGAGCUUUUCUCUGCAGAGGAGGAGUUUUGGCACGCUGGGGGUUUUAUCUGUGCAUUUUUGUUUGUGUUUUUUUUAUGUAUAACGUCAGUGUACUUAAGAAUGGAAACAUUUAAUCAGAUCACAGCUUUGAUCUGAGGCCUCCUACGAUGGUUUCCCACAUGCUUCACAGAGUUCCUGUGAGAGAACACACAAUAAGCCGCUCUGUUGUUCAGUCACAAGCUGAGAAAGUGUGACUGUAGGAGCACUCAGCACAAACUGAUGAAGGUUUUAAAACAACAAACAUCCUCUGGAGGUUUUCGAUUCUUUAAAAUCAUGCUCCGAUAAUGAACAUUUGCAGCUGGAAUCAGUUGUGUCAUGACAUAAUCUUUGUUUAUGUUUUAUGUUGUGCAGCUAUCUCUCCUCCAGAUGACCCCCCGGCAGACGACAGGUCAUUUUUACAGCAAACAUCCUGUCUGGGUUUUAUGACAUCCCCUGUGACCGGUGAUUUGGGAUGUUCUUUGAACUUGUCGAAUUUGAACUCAUCUGUGCGUCGGCCCGUUGGCACAGCAGCAGGAGGAUCACGAAGGGGCGGGCCCUGUGGGCCCCCUCUCCUGCCCGCCUCAGAAGAUGUGUGCUGCUCCGAGUGGGAAGCGUUCGUGAGCUCCGUCCGGGUCCUGAGCCAGAGCGGUCAGCUCCAAUUAUCAGCCGCUGGACGUCGAGGGGCCUCUCCACCUCAGAGAAGAGCUCUUAAGCAUGCAGGCCAGAGGAGAGCGGCAGCAGAGCAGCAGCGCCUGCGCCUUGGAGCUGCUGGGGAUGCUGGUCUACAUCGGAGCCUGGCUCUGUGCUCUGGCCACCACCAUCUCGCCGCAGUGGCUGACCAUGUCCACCUCGCUGCUGCCGGUGGAGAGCUACGAGCUGGGCCUGUGGGAGACCUGCGUGGUCCAGGAUAUUGGCAGCAUGGAGUGCAGAACUUACGACAGCCUGCUGGGGCUCUCCACUGACAUCAAGAUGGCCCGCAUCCUCAUGUGCACCACCCUCGGCGUGGGCCUCCUGGGAAUUCUGGUGGCCAUACCUGGACUCAACUUCUUCAGCAGCUGUGAGGAGCGGGGCGGCAUACGAACCAAGAGGACUCUCACCGUCACCGGGGGGGUGCUGGGGAUGGUCUCAGGGGUGCUGUGCCUCAUCCCCGUCUCCUACAUGGCCCAUCUGGCCGUCGUACAUUUUUUUGACGAUAAAGUGCCCGACGUUGUUCCUCGCUGGGAGUUCGGAGACGCCCUGUUCUGCGGCUGGGUGGCAGGGUUUCUCCUGGUGGUGGCCGGGCUGCUCAUGGUCGCCUCCUGCACGUUCUCCCCGGCAGAGCGGCAGCCGGCACCACCACAGAGGUACCAGAUGAUGAGCGCCGGGGAGGCAGCCAGGAAGCGUUCGGAGUACGUUUAGAGGAGGAUUCGCCUGCACGGACACCAGCCGCACAACACCGCCACCUGUAGGAGCACACUUCAAGCUGCUUUGACCACAAAUGACUUUUCUUCAUCAAGAUUGAGCGUAGAGGCUGCUUUAGAAAUAAAUGGCUUUGAUCACCUGUGCAGCAAAGACCUGCUGUGUUCAAAGCGGGUCAUUUUGGUGACAGGUUUCUGUUGAUUCAUGACGUCACACAUUCUAGGAGAACAUCAGAGGCAGAAGAGUGUUUCCUGUUAGGCUUUUAAUGCUGUAAGUUGUUCUCAAUGCUAAAGCCUGAAACACAGAGGAGUGUUUUUAUUAAAAGAACAAACCUCUUUUGCUGGUCAAUGUGGUUUCAGUUGAUGUUGGUAAACUGCUUUGGGGGGAACAGAGGCUCUGGUUUGUCAGGUGUGUCUGCAGCGGUGGAAACACAGCUUGAAGCUAAUCUCCGUCAGAUUUCCUGGUCGCUCACUGAGCUAAGCUGUGUUUAAUGAACGCUUUAAUGGGCAGUGGGUUCUGUGAAGAAUGCAGAACCAGCUGACAUAAUCACACCAAUUUGUCAAGGUCGGAGCGUGUCACCUCCCUCCGUAACCGUGGGCGUCAUCCGCACACACAGGUACGGGAGGAGUUUAACUCAGGGCCCCUCCCAUCCCAAGGAUGGGACUCUCUGUACAGUCAGCUGCUGCAGAAUGAAGUUAAUGAGAGAUAAUGAUGUUGUCACAGGGGGCACAUGUCUCCUGAGGGGCCUGAGACAUGCCAGACCUCAACGUGGUUCUGUUGGGCCUCCCAGAUCCAGAGGGGCACGGAUCGGAUUGGGAGGCGCCGUGCAGGCUGCAGGGAGACGCUGGCGUCCCAGAGUGAGGCCAGCUAUCAGCAGGAAAUGAGCUGUGGGGGCUGAAGAUACCGACUGGCAAAAAAACUGGGCAGCAUCGUACGAAGAUGGAAACAAGAAGUCCUCAGGAUGAGUAAUGUAGUCCUUGAAUCUGCUUCAAACAAAAAAAUGUCAAGACAAAUUACUUUUUUGACAUUCCACCCAAAUUAUUUAUGGUUUGCAGAAAUUAUAAAUAAACACAACUGUCCAAUUAAACAUCAGAACAUAUUUGUUAAACUAAGAGGAAAACUUUGCACAUUGACCGUAUAUGAAAACUGGACUGAGUGAGUGUGACGUCACAAAUGGGCAGACAGCUGGUUCCACGUGCAGCAGGUUUAUUCGUUCAGACAGAAAUUAAGCACAAAAGUCUACAAAGCUAAAUCAGGGUCAGACAGGCAGAGGUCAAUCACGAGCAUGGGAGCAUCAAAGAAGAGACUAGAGAUGUCAGAGUCCAGGCGAGGGUCAGGGCAGGCAGCAAGCAUUCAGAUGAACC